AUAUACAUCUCUUUCUCACUUGCAAUAUUUUCGCCUUGAUUUUUACGAAUAUUCGUGGACGAGUAGAAAAUUUUAUUGAACACGAUCGUGUUGGUGUCUAAAAGUGAAAUUCUGCUGUCGGUUGGAAAUAUUUUAAAGAAAGGUUUUAUUUAUUUAAAUUUGUAACUCAUCAAGUAUUUUACUUAUAAGAUGAAUGAAGAGUAUGACGCAAUUGUGCUUGGAACCGGUCUAAAGGAAUGCAUUCUAAGUGGAAUGCUCUCUGUGUCCGGCAAAAAAGUUUUGCAUAUCGACCGGAAUAAGUACUAUGGUGGCGAAUCUGCAUCCAUAACACCGCUAGAGGAAUUGUUUCAACGCUUCAACAUUGAAGCACCAGGUGAUAAAUAUGGACGCGGUCGGGAUUGGAAUGUUGAUCUUAUACCCAAGUUUCUCAUGGCAAAUGGAUCACUGGUUAAAUUGCUUAUCCAUACGGGGGUGACACGCUAUCUUGAGUUCAAAUCCAUUGAAGGAAGUUAUGUGUACAAGGGUGGGAAAAUCGCCAAGGUUCCCGUUGAUCAGAAAGAAGCCCUAGCCUCGGAUUUAAUGGGCAUGUUUGAAAAACGUCGUUUUCGCAACUUUUUGGUUUACGUGCAGGAUUUCAAAGAAGACGACCCAAAGACUUGGAAAGACUUCGAUCCGACAAAAUCGAAUAUGCAGGCACUUUAUGACAAAUUCGGCUUGGAUAAGAAUACACAAGAUUUUACUGGUCAUGCGUUAGCUCUUUAUCGAGAUGACGAAUAUUUAAAUGAGCCGGCUGCGAAUACUAUUCGUCGUAUUAAACUGUACUCUGAUUCUUUGGCACGAUAUGGAAAGUCGCCAUAUUUAUACCCCAUGUACGGCCUUGGUGAAUUGCCGCAAGGUUUUGCACGCCUAUCUGCUAUCUACGGCGGAACUUAUAUGCUUGAUAAACCCAUUGAUGAAAUUGUACUAGGUGAAGGUGGUAAAGUAGUUAGUGUACGCUCUGGAGAUGAAAUCGCUAAAUGCAAGCAGGUCUAUUGCGACCCCAGCUAUGUGCCUGAUCGGGUACGUAAGAAGGGUAAAGUAAUUCGGUGCAUUUGCAUUUUGGACCACCCAGUUGCGAACACCAAGGACGCACUAUCUACCCAGAUAAUCAUUCCACAAAAGCAGGUCGGCCGUAAAUCGGACAUUUAUGUAUCUCUCGUAAGCUAUACUCAUCAGGUAGCUGCCAGGGGCUGGUUUGUUGGCAUGGUGUCCACUACUGUAGAAACUGAUCAUCCAGAAAACGAAAUAAAGCCUGGCUUGGACUUAUUGGAACCUAUUGCACAAAAGUUUAUCACGAUCUCUGAUUAUCUGGAACCAAUAGACGAUGGUACUGAUACACAGAUAUUUAUUUCCGAAUCAUAUGAUGCUACUACCCAUUUCGAGACAACAUGUUUGGAUGUUUUAGAUAUCUUUAAGAGAGGAACCGGCGAAGACUUCGAUUUUUCGAAAAUUAAGCACGAACUUGGCGAUGAGGAUCAGUAAUUGUGUUUCGAUCAUAUUUUUACAAGAAACAGAUUCUGAUGUGCACGCUGAUAUCAUUGAAGAAGAACAUGAAUCAAAAUUGCGCAUGAUAUAAAAUAUAAUCACAUUACUAUAUAUUACUAUAAAUGCUUAAAUGAGCCAAACUGUUACAGCGAAAUAUUAAUAAAAAAAGAAUUGAAAAUAUGAAGGCUUGACACAAGGCACAUAAGUACAGGUAGAAGCCAUUUUGACGAUGCUCUCAUGAGCAGUAAACUUUCAAACUUCAACAUGUUUUGCUUUUAUUUUUCUAUAUUUCAUUACUUUUGGAAUGGCUUGUCGUUUUGUUUGAAUGUUCGUUAAUAGCAAAUUUGAAUUAAAAUUUCAAUUUUUGCAGUGCUGUGCAGUUAACUUUUGUGUAUAUGUAAUUUGUGCGGUUUAUGCUAAUGUGUAAUAAUUAAUAUUAUCUCGAACAUAUAUUAAAAAUGCAACACUUGAAGCGCUGUUUUCUAUGAAGUUUCAAAUAUAAUGCACACACACUUAAUUUUUUUAAACGUCCCUCAAUGUCUUUCGCGGAAGGAACGUAGGGAAAGCAGCUGUGAUGUAGCGCUACCGGAAAGACCCUCCAACAACACUGAAACUCAUCAAUCAAGUUGUAAUAGCUUAAUAGACCCUAAAUAAACUUCAAAUUUACUCAAAAACGUCAGCCAGUGAAAUGUAAUUUUUUAAUUUUCAUUCCACUCCCUCAAUCUCAUUUUUACUCUCACGAGAACUUCGACCUUUAAAAGUUUGUCGUCAAAUUGGCUUCUAGCUGUUUUUAAUGUACCUUGGCUUGCCACAUGUAUUGCGCCAUUGAAGUAAAACAUCUAUGCUUACUCAUUCAAACCCAAAAAAGUAUAUAUCAAUUGAAAAUGCACAUCGCCAUCGAUGGUGAUGAGAUGCAUCUCAUUGAUGUAAAUAUGUUUAAUCGCGAACUUCUUUUAUUAACAGAACUUUUUUAAAUGUCAUUUUUAAUUCUAUUUUUAUUCUAUUUCUAUUUUUUACAUGCAUGUAUAUAAAAAUAUAUCUUCACGUUUUUGAAGAGUUCGCCGUUGAUUAACGCCUUCACAUGAUAUAUUCUUUUCGCAGAAAGGUUUAUGUUUUAUUUAUGGAUAAUAACCAAUCGUUUAGAAUUUGAGAAUAAAUGAAAAAACAAUA